AUGACUCAUCCUCACCCAGCCCAGGGCCACUCAGUGCACACAAAUGUCUUCCAGGGUUUUGCCACUGAAGGCCUUCAGACUUUCAUGGUGGCCUACCGAGAACUGGACGGUGCAUUCUUCCAGUCCUGGAGCAAGAAGCACAGUGAAGCCUGCCUGUCAUUGGAGAAUCAGGAAAAUAAAAUAUCAGAUGUCUAUGAAGAGAUCGAAAAAGACUUGAUGCUGUUAGGGGCCACAGCCAUAGAAGACAAGCUGCAGUAUGGAGUACCUGAGAUAACCACCCUGAACAGAGCCAAAAUUAAAAUGUGUAUUUUAACUGGAGAUAAACAAGAGACUGCUGUGAACAUUGCCUAUGCCCGUAGCAUAUUUGAGGAUGAAAAGGAUGGGAUGUUCAUUGUGGAAGACAAGGAUGAUGAGACUGUUCGGCAAGAACUCAGGUCAGCAAGGAACAAGAUGAAACCCGAGUCUCUGCUGGAAUCAGACCCAGUAAACAAUUAUCUCACCAUGAAAACAAAAAUACCCUUCAAAAUACCUGAGGAGGUGCCCAGUGGCAACUAUGGCUUGGUCAUCAAUGGCUACAGUCUGGCCCAUGCUCUAGAAGGAAACUUGGAGUUGGAACUGCUGCGAACAGCAUGCAUGUGUAAGGGGGUGAUCUGCUGUCGGAUGACACCCCUUCAGAAGGCCCAGGUGGUAGAGAUGGUGAAGAGGUACAAGAAUGUGGUGACACUGGCCAUCGGGGAUGGGACCAAUGACGUCAGCAUGAUCAAAGCUGCCCACAUUGGGGUUGGCAUCAGCAGCCAGGAGGGAAUGCAGGCCAUGCUCAACAGUGACUACACCUUCUCCCAGUUCCACUAUCUUCAGCGUCUACUCUUGGUCCAUGGCCGCUGGUCUUAUAAUUGCACGUGCAAGUUUCUCAGCUACUUCUUUUACAAAAACUUUGCCUUCACCCUGGUGAACUUCUGGUAUGCCUUCUACAGCGGAUUCUCUGCACAGGUAAGAGUUUAUGAUACCUGGUUUAUCACUUUCUACAACCUGGGCACCUCUCUCCCUGUCCUGGGCUCGAGUCUGUUUGACCAGGAUGUGAAUGAAACAUGGAGCCUAUGUUUCCCAGAGCUGUAUGAGCCAGGCCAGCACAACCUCUAUUUCAACAAGAAAGAAUCUGUGAAGUGUUUAGUGCAUGGGAUCUACAGUUCCUUCGUGCUGUUCUUUGUCCCCAUGGGAACCGUUUACAACUCAGUGCGCAGUGAUGGGAAGGAAAUCUCCGACUACCAGUACUUCUCCCUGAUAGUACAGACCUCCUUACUCUGGGUGGUCACAAUGCAGAUUGCCCUGGAGACAACCUGGUGGAUGAUGGUAAACCACUUCUUCACUUGGGGUAGCCUGGGUUUCUACUUUUGCAUCUUAUUCUUCCUGUACAGUGAUGGCUUGUGCCUGAUGGUCCCCAGUGUCUUCCAGUUCCUAGGUAAAGCUCUGUCCAGCAUGUGUCAAGGGAGUGGGAGAGGGGGGUUGAGAACUGCUGCUGAAGACGGAUGUGGAAAUGCACCUGUUUUAGAAGCCAGUAAGCUUGCGCCCCAGGGUUCCCCGGGCUCCAGGGCACCCGAGCUGCGCUUCGCCGGGCACCACCCCGCGGGGGCGGGACUCCGACCGCAGGAGGCGGAGCCACAGCCGGAGCCUCGCUGCUCCCCUCGCGGGAAAGCACUGCGCGUGACUCGCAGCGCGCGUCGCAGCCGGACCGGGGCAGGUGGGCGAGCAUCCAGGGCCCCGCGGACCGAACCAACGCACCGUCCGGAGGGGCCGCAUGAGGGUAACCCAGAUUGGACCAUUGGCGCCGCGGCUGCAGGGGGAAGCGGGCAUUACCAACCCGUCUGCGGAGGAGGGAGGCGCUGGCCCGUCCCAGCUGCAGCGCGACCCCGGGAAGGCGAGAGACGGCGCUGCCAACGCCACCGCCAACGCCGCCGCCGCCUGCGCCGUAGGACCACGCUGAGGCGAGAAACCGGGUAG